AUGUCGAUGAGCCCUAAGCAUACGACUCCUUUUUCUGUUUCCGAUAUCUUGAGUCCCCUCGAGGAGAGCUAUAAGAAAGUAAGUAUGGAGAAUAACAACUUGGGGGCACCUCUCACUUCUUACCGGCAGCCGCAGGUCUCUCAGGCGGCGAUGCAGCAGCACCACAUGGGCCACAAUGGGACUGUGUCUGCGGCGUACCACAUGACCGCGGCAGGUGUUUCUCAGCUGUCGCACUCGGCCAUGGGGGGCUACUGUAACGGCAACCUGGGCAACAUGGGCGACCUGCCGUCGUACCAGGACGGCAUGAGGGGCAGCACCGCGUCCACCGGCUGGUACGGGGCCAACCCGGACCCGCGCUUCUCCACCAUUUCUCGCUUCAUGGGCUCGUCAUCCGGCAUGAACAUGGGCAGCAUGGGCAGCCUCAGCUCCCUGGCGGACGUGGGUAAAGGCAUGGGCUCUCUGUCCAGCACCCCGAGGAGAAAGAGACGGGUGCUGUUCUCCCAGGCUCAGGUCUACGAGCUGGAGCGACGCUUCAAGCAGCAGAAAUACCUGUCGGCGCCGGAGAGGGAACACCUGGCAAGUAUGAUCCACCUCACCCCGACCCAGGUGAAAAUCUGGUUUCAGAAUCACCGGUAUAAGAUGAAGAGGCAGGCCAAAGACAAAGUGUCCCAGCAGCAGAUGCAGCAGGACGGCGGCUCCUGCCAGCAGCAGCAGUCCCCGCGGAGGGUGGCCGUGCCGGUGCUGGUGAAGGACGGCAAGCCGUGUCAAGGCAGCGGCCACACGCCCACGUCCUCCGCGCAGACCCUCCACCAGCAAGGGGGCAAUGUCAUGAUCAUGUCCAACAACAACAACAACAACAACACGUCGGGCCUCGGGCUGCACCAGAGCCAGCAGCAGGUGGGGAGCACGGGUCACUCUCCAGAUUUGGCGACGCACUCCUCCAGUCCGCCGUCCCUGCAGAGCCAGGUGGCCGGCCUCUCUCACCUCAAUUCCCCCGGCGCAGAGUACGGCUCGGCCCUGCAGUGCUCGGCCCUGUUGUACGGCAGGACGUGGUGA